AUGAAGCUUGAUUCGAAAAACUUCUACACGUACGGUUUCGUUGGCGGUCUCUUGAUACUUCUUGCCAUCAUGCUGGCUGUUACACCAACUCCGGAAUGGAUGGAAGGAAGCGGAGACGAGAUUCGACUUGGAGGUCCCAACACGCAGCGAGAGGAUGAUCAAAAACCAGUUUACCCGUGGAAAGUGAAGGCAGAGGAGUCGCAAGAAGACGAGGCUGAGGGUAACGAAGGGCAACAGGGCGAAGGUGAAGAAGGUGAUUGA